AUGUACGGGACCACCACGCACCGUCACGACACACCAGACACGAUUGAUCGGCUUGUUCAGGGCUUUAGUCUGUCGGAGCAGCAUCAGAUCGAAGGCAAGGGCGCGCUACCGUACCCGGUCUCUGCGAUCGGGUGGCACGGUGGCGAUGUCAGCCGGCCAGGCACCGAUGUCACGGAGAAGUCGAUGCAGGAUAUGACCCAAUAUGAUGCCCUGUCGCGACUUCCCGACAAACCGCCAUCGCUGACGGACUCUGCCUCGCCUCCUCAGCACCAGGAAGCCUUGCACAAUGCAGAGUUUCCCCUCCAGAUGCUGCGGCACCUGGGCCCCGACAUGGCGUGCAUGCUGGACGGCGCCCUCGAGCGACAGCGCGUCGUCAUCGACGCCGCGCACCAUGCCCUGGACGGCCUGGGCGAGGCCAACCGCGCCCUGAUAGCCGACCUGGCCGAGUCUCGCGCCAACGAGGCAAACCUCGCCGCCGCGCUGGACAGCCUCCGCACCAGCCAUCGGGCCACGGAGGCGUCGCAGCAGAAACAGCUUGCCAGUCUUUACGCCGCGCAGUCGGUCGCGCAGAACGAGCUUUCCACGUUUCAUAGAUUAGCGACGGCUGAUAGGGGCGAGAUUGCGAGGCUGCAUGACGAGAUUGAGGCCAUGGACACCGAGAUGAGUCGUCUGCGCGCCGACAGCGUGGCCAUCCACACGGACAACACGUCGAUGCAGAACACGAUAGCCGCCCAGCGAAGGGCGGAAGCUUCGUUACGAGACGAAAUUGCAAGACUCGCUGCCGCCAAAGAAAAGACCAACGCUGAGCUGAGUCUGUUUCAGCGGCAAUAUCUCACCUUGAAAGCGAGUCUAGACGACAAGGAUGCCCUCAUCGAUGCCCUGCGUAGAGAGGUGGACAGUGAGAAGAAGGUCAGCCUGUCCGUGCACUCCUUGUUGGUCGCGAUCAGUGGCUUCCCACCUCAAGGCCAACACUGGGAAGAUCUCUCGGCGUCGCUCAAGUUAUCGCGGCAAAGCCCGUGCGAGUCGGUGGCGGGCUGGCAAUGGCUGCAGGCCUGGGACGACGGCGCCGAGGCGCCCGACACGCACCGCUCCACCACAGCUGCUCUGUGCUUCGCCUGCGUCUGUCUGCACAACUGGAUGGACGAUCACCGCAAGGCCAGGGAUUGCCUGCAGUCUCUCGUCAACAGCUUGGAGGGCGCCGCCGAGCUGCCUGUCGGGUUGUGCCACACGGUCCUGUUCGCCGUCCUCGACGCUGCCAACCAACGACCUCUGCGCUUCGACGUCGCGUUUCUUCUCUGCCAGGCUGCGAAGCUCAUCGCGGUGAAGUGUCCCUCGAGCGGCCGCAAGGAGGCCGCGGCAAAGGUGCGCGCCUGCGUGUCGCGCGACUGCGCGGACAAGGCGCUGCUCGAUGCGCUGCUGGGCGGCUGGGACGGCGCCCUGGUCGAUCGGGUCCCGUUCUGCACGCCCAUGCUCGCCCAAGAUGGCGAGAUGGUGUACGUGCAGUCCAUCGACUCGCUGCUGUUCGUCUCCCAGGAGAAGCUGAGGCUGCGCUGGAUCAGCGUGCGGCGGAUUGAUUGGACCAAGUCCAGCGUUGACACCGUCCACCUACACAGUGGCGAUGUCAGCCAAAAGGUCAAGUUUGGCCAGAUGUUCCGGAAAAAAUGUCGCCUGCUCACCGGUAUCCCAAGAGGCAAGGAGCAUCCCAACUUCAAGUCCAUGCGCGGCCACGCCCAGGGCUCUCAUAGACAAUGGAACACGCGAUGCGAAGAUUUAGCGACUAUGGAAGAUUAG